CUUGUCUGGGCCCGGCGUGGGAAGGAAGCGGGUUGAGGGUUCGCCGUUGAGGGGACCGGCGGUGGCUCUCCCUGCCCAUGAUGCAGCCGGUGGAAGCGCCUCCAGUUCCCUCAAGGGCAGAAGAACAGCGUCACGCCUUGCAACGUGGCGACUAAUCCUGCCCUUUUCUCCAGGGGACGCGCCGCUUUCGCAACGGAGGGGCAUUGGCAUUGCACGGCGCUUGUUGCACUUGGAGCCCCCCAGCUCCGGGCGGUGUGCAUGGUUCUCCCGCGUCCUCAUUUAACCCCCGUAACAACUACAACGACCACCUUGCUCUGCUGCGAUUAAAGCACCUUUGACUGUCCCCGCGGCAGUUCUCACGUUUUGCAUGCGAAAGGUCUUGGUUUCACUCCUUCCGGUCUCCAGGUAGGGCAUCGCUGCUGCAAGCGCUGGAGGGUGGCAGCAGGGGCUGAGCUUGGUGGCCCCCCAGGGCCCGGCUUGGUGUAGAGCAGCUUCCAUAUGGGGGAGAUCGAGGGGCGCUGAGCCUGAAGAGAGAGAGAGGUUCCUUGUUCAUGGGCUGCCAAUGAUUUUGGUCACAAGCCAAAGUCCAAAUAAUUCGAUUAGUUUCUCCUGCCCUCAUGUCAUCAUUUAUUGCAUUUAUAUUCCCCCUCCCCCAAAGUAUCUGAAGGCGGCAUACACAGUUCUACUCAUUUAAUCCCCACAAUAACCCAAGGUAACAAAAUAAAAAAAAUCCUUCCAGUAGCACCUUAGAGACCAACGAAGUUCUUCAGAAGUGUGCAUGCACACAAAAGCUCAUACUAAUAACAAACUUAGUUGGUCUCUAAGGUGCUACUGGAAGGAAUUUUUUUAUUUUGUUUCGACUACAGUAGACCAACACGGCUACCUACCUGUAACUAGAACCUCUAAGGUAAAUUAGGCUGAGAGGCAGUGACAGGCCUACAGACAUGUACACUACGGGGCAUCGUAUCUUUCUCGUUAUUUAUUUCAUUUAUACCCUGUCCCUCUUCUAGGGCAGCAUAUAUAAUAUGCUCACAACAGCCACUGUCUCCUCACAGCAGCCCUGUAAGGUAGGUGGCAGGGAGGGUGAUGGGGCCAAGAUCACCCAGUGAGAUUUGUGAAUAGAGCAGGGAUUUGAACCUGGGUGUCCCUUCCUGGUCACAUUACCUUAUACAGUGGUACCCCGCAAGACGAACGCCUCGCAAGACGGAAAACCCGCUAGACGAAAGGGUUUUCCGUUUUGGAGGCGCUUCGCAAAACGAAUUUCCCUAUGGGCUUGCUUCGCAAGACGACAGCCCAUAGGAAAUCUCAGGGACAGCGGGAGCGCAGCGCGUCUUCCCCACUGUCCUCGGACCUCCUCCGAAGCCUGGCGGCGGGCGGGGACACCUCCUCCCGCCGCCGCCGGGCUCGGAAGGCUCCUCCGGCCGGGCGGGGGAGGGAACACCUGCCGCCGCCGCCCGGCUUCGGAACGGUGCUCCGGCCGGGCGGGGAGGAGAGACCUCCCGCCGCCGCCCGGCUCGGAACGGUGCUCCGAGCCGGGCGGGGGAGGGAAGACCUCCCGCCUCUGCCCGGCUUCGGAACGGUGCUCCGGGCCGGGCGGUGGGGAGGAAGACCUCCCCGCCGCCCGGCUCGGAACGGUGCUCCGGGCCGGGCGGGGGAGGGAACACCUGCCGCCGCCGCCCGGCUCGGAACGGUGCUCCGAGCCGGGCGGGGGGAGGGAAGACCUCCGCCUCUGCCCGGCUUCGGAACGGUGCUCCGGGCCGGGCGGUGGGAGGGAAGACCUCCCCGCCUCUGCCCGGCAUCGGAACGGUGCUCCGAAGCCGGGCGGGGGGGGGAGGGAAGACCUCCCGCCUCUGCCCGGCUUCGGAACGGUGCUCCGAAGCCGGGCGGUGGGGAGGGAAGACCUCCCGCCUCUGCCCGGCUUCGGAACGGUGCUCCGGGCCGGGCGGGGGGAGGGAGACCUCCGCCGCCCCCCGGCUUCGUAACGGUGCUCCGACGCCGGGCGGGGGGGAGGGAACACCUCCCGCCGCCGCCCGGCUCGGAACGGUGCUCCGAGCCGGGCGGGGGAGGGAAGACCUUCUGAAGGCGGGCGGGGGCGAAGUCUUUGCUCCCCCUGCCUGCCUGUCCCGGAGGGCUUUUGAAGGCGGGGAGCAAGGACUUUCGCCCCCGCCCGCCUUCAGAAGAGGUCCAGGACCUCUUCUGAAGGCUGGCGGGGGCAAAGUCUUUGUCCCCCUGCCUGCCUUCCCAGGGGCUUUAAAUUGCCCCGGACAGCGGAGAAGUCCUCCGCUGUCCCGGGGUGAUUUUAAAUGCCGCCCGCCAGCAUUUUAAGAUCGCCCGGACAGCGGAGAAGUCCUCCGCUGUCCCGGGGUUUUAUAAAAUGCUGGGGGUGGGAAGAAAAGCCCUUGCCCCCCAGCCUUCAGAAGAGGUCCGGGGACAGACUGUCCCCGGACCUGGUCUGAAGGCGGUUUCCCUAGGAACGCAUUAAUUGAUUUUCAAUGCAUUCCUAUGGGAAACCGUGCAUCGCAAGACGAAAAACUCGCAAGACGAAGAGACUUGCGGAACGAAUUAAUUUCGUCUUGCGAGGCACCACUGUACAAAGCCAGCCCAUGCCACACACCUUUAGGUAGUUUUGCCUCUGACCUACCAAACAAGGGCAGAGGCAGCAGCACAACACAGGAAAGUAGGCAGGAGUGUGGACCCGAAUUUAAGCUAUAGUCAGAACCACACAACUUCCUGUUCUUGAUGUGCCACUGCCAUCGAUGUUUGUAGCAUUAAUGGGACUGGUCAAAUAAUAACCCUCCCAGCAUUGCUUAGUGGAAAACGGGACAUAGAGUCCUUACAAGUCAGAGCCUUACAAGUCAGAACCAUUGGUCCAUCUAGUUCAAUAUCUUUUGCACUGAGCAUCUCUCCAGUGUUCCAAACAAGGGACUUUCUCAGCUUACCUGUAAAUGCCAAUGACUGAACUUGGGAUCAUUUGCAAACAGCUCUUGUCCCUCCCUCACAUUAACAUUCUGACUAGAAAUCUCAAGAACGACUUACCUUGUGUAUAUGUGCUAAUGAAAAUAUUAAUUGAUUCUAUCCAUUUCCUGCCUUUUUGUUUAAAAAGCUGAUAAUGUUAAUAUGGACUGUAAUUGAUCAGGGGUGUAAUUUAUCAAGACCGUACCUGGAAAAUAUGGGAAGUUGGCAUAUAUUGUUAAUGGUGCUUAAUACAACUCCCAGAAUCCUCCUGGCCUGUACAUUUUGAUCUUAAGAACAUAAAGAAGAGCUGUACUGGAUGAAAUGAAGGUCAGCAUCCUGUUCGCACAGUGGCCAGCCAAAUGUCUUUGGAAAGGACACGAGUGCCACAAUACUCCUUGCUCAUGUUUCCCAGCAAGUGCUAUACAGAGAUAUGCAGCCUGUGAUACUGGAGGUAUCAUGAUUAGUGGCAAUCAGUAGUCUCAUCCCGCAUAAGUUUGCCUAAACCUGUUUGUAAAGGUGGUGGCCAUUACUGUACUCAUUUUGAUGUAAGGCAAGGUGCAUAGACAUCUGUAGGCACAACCCCCAUAUGGCUCUUAGCUAGUUGGUGAAUGCAUCCAGAUUGGAUUUUUUAAUGUAAAUGUGUACAUGUAAAACUGUCAGCCUCCCCUGAUUAUGUAACUUCAGAAGAGUCCAGCAAGAUGGUUUUUCCUAAAACAACGACAUUAUAUGAAAGGAUGGCAUACUGAACUCUGAUCAGGUUUACAGAGGUUUAGCUCCUAAAACAUACUGGGGACAGGAUCCACAGCCUCAACAUUUUCCCUGUUGGGACAACAUAUUUUACAUUCUCUUUGAUGCCUUUGCUUCUGUAGAGAGUUGGAAGGAGGAAAAAUGACCUGUUUAACCUGUUUCUGAGGGGUAGGACCUGCACCAUCAAUCCAAAGCAAAGUAUGAUGCUGUAGAAGGUUACAGUUGAUUACAUGUGUAUAUCAUUUCCCAUUAAAAAAUCCUGAAGCAAAAUAACAAAUACUGUAGCAACAUACAAAAGCUUAAAAAUAACAAUAUUCCAAAAAUAGAUUAAAAACAAAUAUAGAUGUUAUAUUUAACAAGAUUUAUUUACUACUUGGUCGUAACAAAAUUUCUUAAGAGGUUUACAAGUAAUAUUAACAUUAUCAAUAAAAAAUGAAGUGCUUCCAAGCAAGGAAUUCAGUUAUAAUGUGCUAAAAUACAUGUUGGUUGUGGUAGGGUCAGAUCAUUUCCAUCCAACAAUUUGAAACUGAGUGUUAUAUUUUCUAGAUAAUGGAUGAUAGUGAAGAUGACUGGCUGUCUCUCAAGCCCAAAGAGCCAUUGCCAUCCCAGUGCUGUGGUAGUGGCUGCAAACCUUGUGUCUAUGACACGUAUCAGGACGAGCUGGAGCAGUGGGAAAAGGCCAAGGCAAAAAAAGACAGAAGCCUCCUGACAAGGAAGAAACAGCAAGUAGAAAUCUUAAAAUUAUGUUAAUAUUUCAUCUGGGUCCUAUCCCCACCCCCUUGUAAAUAGAUCCUACUGUACGUUCAGGUAUAUCUGUUUAGGCUGCAAUCCUAACCCCACACACCUGGGAGUAAGCCCCACUGAAUUAAGUAGGCCUUAUUUCUGAGGAGACAUGGUUAAGACAUGGUUACUUUGCAGUUACUUUCCAAAACAGUAUUUUGUCCUUUUUAUAUCUAAUUAGAAGUUUAAUAAGACUAUGUUUCAAGAAGUUUAUGUCUUUGACUUGUUUCUCUCCUGCCAGUCUCUUGAAUGCAGAAUUAUUAGAAAAAGUGUUUUAUAACACUUAUCAAAUUUCCCACUUUAAUAUUUGUAAUUAUAGUUUGCUGCCAUAUUGUCUUCCCAAUAAAUCUUGCAAGUAUUUUUGCUCCUAUAAAAAGGAGUAAAAUAUGUAAGCUUAAUUAUCAUUACAUUUUAAAUGCAAGAAAAUAUAUAGUAAUCCAUGCAGGAGAAUACAUUCCUUUCUAGCAUCUCUCAUAUUGAUGAACAUCACAACUUACUCAUAAUUCAGUUUUAUCCCAUUGUGCCAUCUGGGCUUUCUCCAAUUCUGUUAACGCUCCUCAAGCACCCAACAACUGAGGGCAAGCACAAAUCCCUUUAAAAUAUUAUGUUGCUUAUUGGAGUAAUACCUGAGAAAGGAUGCUAGGAGCUGAGGUGCCGAUCCCAUUGAGACUAAGCCCCACUGAACGCAAUGGGUCCUACUUCAGACUAAAAACGCAUAGGGUUGUGAAAUGCAUGCUGGGAAAAUGAGAACAAGGAAAUGAAGAAACAAAGAGAAAUGCUUUUUUUAUUUGAAAUGAUAGCUAUUGGGGUUCAAGCCUGCUUGGAAGCCCUUUCCAUUGGGCUGGAAGCCAUUUUGAUGUGCCAGGGCUAAGGCUGAGGCACAUGCUCAGAGGUGCUGUUCUUUAUUAUUCCUUGUUCCAAAUCUGAAAUCUUGAGACUUCAAUCAAAUUCAGGGGCCACACAAUGAAUGGCUCACGUGCCCUGAAAAAGAUAAAACAUGUCUUGAACAAAUUGGUAAUGCAAAAUUUGCUUCUAAAGAUUGCCUGGAGGCCCGAAUAAGCUAUUCUCUUCACUGGAUCUUUGUACUGUGAGAAGCUUCGCUCAUGUAAUUCUUGCAGACAUGGAGCUGUUAAAAACGCUGGAGUUUUGCAAAGGAAGAAAGACGGCAGCCCUAGUGGGAGGUCUGGAGAAAAAUAAGAAAUUGCUUUUGAGAGAGACUGCAAACUAAGGAGGAAUGCCCAUUCGUUCCUUGAGAUAGGUAGAAAAUUACCUCCUAGAUGGCCUUCCAUCAUCUUUUGGGAGUGCUAUUACUAUUUCUGUGUGGACAUACCUUUAGUUUCUCACCUUCCAAAAUCAUUAUCAGCAUAUUGUUAUGGUCAUAAUUGUAAAAAAGGCAAGCAGAUUAAAAUGGGACUUCACAAAUAAUUACUUACUGAAUUAACACUUUAUUGAGACCAGAUGUAUUCAGUCUUUAAAAUUUGUGUGUGUGGCAGGGUGUGUGUGUGUUUUGCAGUAACAUGUUUCACCAUGGCAGAAUUCACUCACAUUUUUUUAAAAAAAGAAAAGAGGGUGGCAUUGCUUAACCUUGUAAUUAUUUAUUGUUGCUUUUGCAGUGUAGUAAUUCAGAACUAACUCCAGAAACGUUUACAGCUUUCAUCAUAAGCUCUGUGGAUCAGCUGACAGAGGACACCUACCAGUAUAAAUUUGAAUUGCCUGGAAAUAGCAGCCUAGGGUUGAGUUUGGGACAACAUAUUGUGCUAAGGUACUGUACUAAGUCUCUAGUUAAACAGGCCUCAGUAUGUGAUUUAACUUGCUUUUUGUUGUUGUUGAGCUACAAAGAUUUCAUGCCAAGUAAAUCAUAAUUUCUGUGCUCCCAGAUUGGCUCUGUUGAAAGAACCUGUGAGCUCACUGAGCUUAUUAACCUUGUUAAUUUUAUGGUAUAUGCUACCCUACACUUGUUUUCCUUCCAUUUUAGUUGUAUUGGAGGCAGAAAAAUUAAGUGUGGGUAAGAAAGCCAAUUUACAGGAAGGGAAAAGGUGAAAAGCAAAUGUGUAUUGGAAUGAUCGUCACGUACCAACACAUAGGGACAGUAUAUUAACUUUUCCCCCUGAGGAAGUUAUGCCCAGUACAGAGCUACCUUUCAUAUUAUUUAUGUUAUGAGUUACCUUUGUAUCCCACCCUUCCUCUAAGACAGGCAUGGCCAAACUCGGCUCUCCUGAUGUUUUGGGACUACAAUUCCCAUCAUCCCUGACCACUGGUCCUGUUAGCUAGGGAUGGUGGGAGUUGUAGUCCCAAAACAUCCGGAGGGCUGAGUUUGGCUCUGCCUGCUCUAAGGUAUGUGGGAACAUUUUGCCGUCCCAGUAACUCUGUGAAAUAAGUUAGACUGACUGAUCAAAGUUGCCCAAGUGAACCUUAUAACUGAGUGAUGGUGCAGUCUCUAGAUUCUGUGGUCCAACACCAACACCCUGACCAUAAUAUCUUUCUUUUUAAAAAAUUGUUUAUUUGGCUUUUCAGAUUAAAAUUUUACAAUCACGUAUCCAACAAACAACAUAAAAACAAGAUUCCAAAGAAUCUCCUGGACUUCCCCCAUCCCCUUUGUGGGAGGACCAUAAUAUCACACUGAGCAUCUAUCUGAAAGGCCUGACACCCACUGAAAACAGAUUAAUAAAGCUGCUGUUGGCAACUUAUAGAGCUCACUAUAUAUCCUCCACGUCACUGUAACAGCUAGAUGCCUCACAAAACUUCAUUAAGGAUAAAAGAAUUGACUAUUCUGAGUUGAAAAGUUGUCUGUUGUUGAUGUGCAAUUUAUUGGCAGUGGAAGCCAAGAGGUACAUUACUUCCCACGUCAUUUUUGGACUUUUAAGAUGACUGUGAUUAAGUCAGUUUCUAUAAACUGAGUGAAGUUGCCAGCACCACGGCAGGAGCAUGGUUCAUUCCGGGCUCCUUCCAACACAUGUAGGGAUACAAUGGAUUAAGCCUAGGAGUAGUAUCAUUGACCUCUGUGUAACUUUUGUGAGAUAGGUCUGAUUUUGCACAAUUGUUUCAGUUAUUCUUUCUGUACAUUUAGUUAGGAGCAUUCCCAAAUUCAAAAUUUUAUGAGUACGGGAUGUUGUUUGUUAAUAUUAUUUCCAUGUAUUCACUAUCUGUCCAAGACCAUUUAUAAUCUCCCCCUUAGUAUAGUUCUAUAAUUCCCUUACUUUGUGAGCAACAUAGCUAUAUUGCACAAAAUAGCUAGGCUGGCCACGUAGCUCAUCUGGCCCCAGGAAAGGGAAGGAUUGUUAAGGGAGGUGUGUGACAGAGAAAUCUGAGGUUAUUUCAAUGCCUUGAAUCUCUGUGAUUUCACUGCAAAAUGGGAGGGAAUGAUCUAUUGUCUGGCUUGGCAAAGGACAGCCCAUGGGGAAGGAGGAAGGAUACCUGCAGUGCUUUUCAGGCAGCAGCCUUUGCUGAGAGAGCAGUACUUUGCUGACAGGAAUUGUAAGGGAUUCAGAUCAGGGUUCCCUUCCUCUAUCUUUCUUUCUCUCUCUCUCUUUUCCUUCCUCAGAGGACUAGUGAAUGGUUUGGAGGUUCAGAGAGCCUAUACUCCAAUUACUCCUGUGAAUGCUGAAGGGUACUUUGAAGUUUUAAUAAAGGUAAAUAGCGGCCUUUGUUCUAUAGAUUAACAGCUUGACGUAGGAAUCAUGUCAUCUUCUAGGCCAGCUGAGUGCUUAGCUUUGUACUUUAAUAACUAGAGGCCUGCAGUCAAAGAUUUGGCUUGUUAGUCCUAAUAUGUGGAAUUCUGCCCCCCUCCCCUCGCUCUGAAGUAAAGACAGGGCUACUCAUGCAGCGAGAUGAGGUGGUAGACUGGGGUGACGGAAUUCUGGGUAGUACCAUUUCAGAAACUUCCUGCAAGUAAAAAAAUGACAUGUACUACAUGUAGCACUGCCUUUUGAGGCACAUGCAAGAGGGCUUUUCCUGUGGCAGUGUGCCACAUAUGGAACUCCCUGCCUCAAGAGAUUAGGUUAUCUUCCUCUCUGUUUGUGUUCUGCUGGCAUCUUAUGCCUUUUUUUAGAGAAACAACAGCACCACAAGGCUUUGGUUCUGCUGUUGCUUAAUUUAGUUUAUUUAUUGUUAGCUCUGGCUCUCCGUGCCUCCCUGUUUCAUGACGCUGUGUUGGCUUUGGUAUUUGUUUUAAUGACAUGUUAUUUUACUGUUGUUAUUAUUUUUAUGGCUGUUUACACCUUGUUAACAUCUUGGAGCAACUCCAUUUCCAAAGGGGAAAGCAGAACGCAAAGGUUCCCCUCCCCCUAUAAAUAAGUACAACUUUCCCUAAUCCAUAGUUUUCUACCUGCAGUGAGCUUUCAACACAAGGGAGAAUCUUAAAAUGUGUUCCCAUCCUACCUCCCAUCUGAAUUGUUUCUGUCCAUUUUACCCCGUCAUUCUGCCGUAUGUAUAGACUGCACCCAAGUCAAUCGAGUUGACAGCUCAACAGGCUUUACUUCAUGGUUAAGCCAAGUUGUUCUUAGAGAAGGGCAUCUACUUGGUGUAUGUUGGGCUGCAGCAAUUUGUCAUUGUGAAGGGUUUUGUGAUGAUGAGGUGGGGGAGUAAAAGGGUUGAGGAUGACUCAUCUGUCAUUUUGGACAAUAUGGAGCCAUCUAUAUAGGAUCCAUCUUUGUGCCUAUAUUAGUAGUCAUCUGUUACAUUGCUAUGGUAUGUUACAGACAGUGUAGCCAGAAUGACCACAGCAGGAAACUGUAGUAACUACAGUACCUGCCAUUCCAUGCUGUAAGACAGCUGUAAUGUUUUUAGGAUCAGUGUCAAUCACUGCAUAAGGCAAUUCUCCUGAGUAAAUUCAAUGAUUUCUCUAUGGGAUUAAGAGAUUUAUUGAUUGCAGCCUUUGAGUCCUUAUGUUCAGAAGGAAUGUUGGCUUAGCCUAACAAGGAUCAGUGCAAACAUAAAUAAUUAUGAGCCUAGGAAUAUCAAAAUCAUGUCUAUCUUUUUAAUCUGUCUUUAUACCUUCUCAGGGGAAGAUAGAUUUCACUGUAAAUCUCAAACCUCAAGCACUAGAUCUUCCAGGCAGGUCACAGGGACCCAUCAUUUUGCCCUCUGCUCACCCUCCAGGAAUGUGUGCUUUUCAGGGUUUUAUCAUUGAUUGCGUGAUAGUUUGAGCAUGAAUUAUACUCCUUUUGAGGUGUGUAUAGCUUUUAUAAGACACUUGUGGGUGGAUCAUUUCACCAUUAUUGUGGCAAUUGGAGGGGGAAAUGCUACAUUUGAGCUGCAUUAAUAGGUUACCUUUAUAGGCUGACUGUGAAAUUUUAUAUAUACUUGCUUAUUACACACAAGUUUUGCAUUUCAAUAAUAGUAGUAAUGAUUGUAAUAACACCUUCCCUUUAUAUAGAACCUUUCAUCCCAAAAGGAACCAUAGUUAUUCUCUGGCAGUAACAAAAGAGAUGGAACACCCAUCGUAAAGCACCCAUUUGUAUAACUUGGCUUUGUAGAUUGUAGUGUAUUUCUCACUAUUCAGGCAAUUUUUGGAAGUACUAUAUUAUUAUUAUUACUAUGCAAUCCAAGUGCUGUUCAGACACCCCUGUGUCCCAUGAUUAUGGCGCUGCAUUUGUGAUACUACAGUUAAGUGCAAGUGAGUGGCGAUUUUCUGCGCUUAACCCUCCCUUUGAGUGAUUCUAUAAUGUUAUGGUGUUUUUUGGUGUAAAACCUGGCAUAGAGGUUUUCUCUUCAGGAGUUUCUCCUGCUCUUCUAUUUACAAGAAUUCAUUACAAACCAGUUUGGUCAUUUCCCCAUUAGAACGAGGAAGGAACCUAUUCGAUUCUAAAUACAUUCUGUCUCCUGCAACCAAUCUCUCACCAAAUGGGAAACGUGGUAACUGAAGUCUUCUCUCUCUUCACACCUUGAAUUUAACAUCCUCUUCUGCCUUCUUCUCAGUAUGGCUAGAGGUAUACCAGCAACUCCACCCUGCCACAACUCCUAAAGUUUUAACAGCAGCCUGGCAUGCAGACAUUUAUCAGCAAUGUCUCCUGAGAUGAAGAUAUGUGAUAAGAAAAGCUCCAUCUGCUAAAUGGCAGUUGUAAAACCAGCAAAGACCACCUGUAGCAGCUUGAAGCAUAGCUGUCAACUUCUCCCUUUUCUUGCGAGGAAUCCUAUUCGGAAUAAGGGAAUUUCCCUUUAAAAAAGGGAAACGUUGGCAGCUAUGCCUUGAAGGCUAAUGCAUAUAUUGUGGCAUAAGCGUUCAUGGACUAGAGUCCACUGCAGUGGAUGAAGUUGACUUUAAUCCAUUAAAUCUUAUGCCAUAAUAAAUUCUUAAGUCUUUAAGGUGCUGCAACACAAUGUGUUGCUUUUGCUGCAAUAGACUCUCCCUCUGGGAAUUUUUUUUCUGUGUGUCAUGCCAGAGGCAUAGGAGCAGAGUCUGUGUAAAGCUGGCCACCUUAAGCAUAGUUAUCUCUCUUCUUAGAAUCAUAGAAUUAAUUGUAGAGCUGGAAGGGACAACAAGGAUCAUCUAGUCCAACCCCCUUCAACGCAAGAAUCUUUUGUCCAGUGUGGGGCUUGAACCCCUGACCCUGAGAUUAAGAGUCUCAUGCUCUACUGACUGAGCCAACUUGGUUCUUUCUUAGAUGCAGAUGCUUUUUACACUCAUUAUUAUAGAGAAAGUAUAAGGUCUGGUGCUGUGAUCAGAUUUUUGUGUGAUACAUUGUCUUAGCUUGAACUACUUUUACUCCAAAAUCAUAGAUGAAGGAAGCAUUAAAAAGGCAGAAUAUACAAGUCCUGGAACAAAUGACCAAAGAGGCAUUGUGCAUUUGAAUUUCACUACUCAGAAAGCUCCCUUUUUCCUAUGAAUGCACAGAGUUUCACAAUGAAUAAAUGAUUGCAUGUGUUAGGUGCUAUUUUGUGUAUCUGUUAGACAGUAUCGGGUGCAAAGGCUAUUUGCAGUCAGAGCAGGUUUUAAAAUACCUGAGUGGCCACCCAGCCUAGUCAGCCACCCAGCUUAGUCAGCACAAUCACAAUACAAGCAAUAGACAAUCUUUAUUUUGCAUACACUUGAGCGAAUUAACAAAUAAUGCUAGAUUCGUAACUCAUGUCCCAGAUUAAUUUAAAUCUCUUUGUGCUAGACCUUUAAUAUAUAUUUUAAGCGAUUUUAAAAAUGUUUUUUCUGUUCUAGUUUAUGAAAUUUUAUUUGUAGAAUAUAAACGUGAGGUUUCCUCUCAAAAAUGUUUUUGUUUGUUUGUUUUGUGUUUUCUUUACAAGUGCUAUGAAGAUGGACUCAUGUCACAAUAUGUAAAAUCCUGGAAAGAAGGAGAUUCGGUUUGUUGGAGAGGACCAUUUGGAGGUUUUCCUUAUUCAGCCAAUCAAGUAAAGCCAUAUAUAUACUUACACACACACAACCCCCCUCUCAACCCCUUCACUACAUAGCAAUCACAGGGGAGUUAACAGCAUAAUAUCUAAAAAUGUAAUAUAAAAUAAAAUGGACAAUACAAUACCAAUGAGAUACAAUCAGAUGUAGGGCCAUUAUUACAAGUAGUCAAAUACCAAAUAGUUGUGUUCCUAUUUUUGGUUUCAGGAAAUGAGGGGGAAACCAUUAGGGUUUAAGGAUCAGGGUAGGGUUCUUCAGAUUUUCACCACAGUGCUUCAGAGCUUUGACAUGGAUCUGUGUAGGAUGCAAUUUCUUUUAAAAAGAACAAGAGGAGAAAAUAUAGCAGAUGAUCAAGAAUAGCAGUCGAGUCAGAUUUAGUAUAGUAUAAUUUUCUUUUAUAUUUGAUAAUUAAGGCUGUAAUCCUAAAUAGGACGCACUCCCCAUUGAACAAAAUAGAAUUCCAUCCCAAGUCAACAUACUUAGAAUUGUCCUGUUACUAUUGCAAACCAAAAGAGACAGAAAAGAUAAACGGUGAAGUCUGUGUCCUUUCUGAGCACUGUCUUCCUACCAUGUUUGUUUCAUUCCCUCUUGAAGCUUCCUUCUCAUCUGAAUUUCAAUACUGACCAUGAUUUAGCAUGACAUGCACUUUCUGGAACAAGCUCAUGUCUAUUCAAAAAGUUCAUUGGGACUUAUUGCCAAGUAAAGCUUUCUCAGUUGAUCACAGUGGACAUGAUUACCAAAGGAGAAAAGAUAAUCCCCGAGUUACGCAGUGUUCACACUUUUUUUAUAGGAUGAAAUGAUGAAUUGGCGCUGAAAUUAAGUUUCUGUUGUAGUGUUUUUCCAUUUCCAGUGACUCAGAUGUAUUUGGCAUCUUCUGCUUCAUUUUCAGUAUGGAGAACUUCUCAUGCUUGCUUCUGGUACUGGUCUAGCGCCAAUGCUUCCUAUUCUUCAGUACAUAACAGAGAAUGAGGAUGAUGAAACAUUUGUAACUCUAGUGGGCUGCUUCAGGAACUUUGAAAAUAUCUACAUGAAGCCUCUUCUUCAAGAGCAAUCUCGAUUCUGGAACAUAAGGGCAUUUUAUGUAUUAAGCCAGGUAAUAUUCUAAUAGGCAAUUUUUCCUUCCCAUGGGACAGUGUGACAACCUUCCCCUCAGUUGAUGCAUGAACCUUCAUGCUAUAUGUAUUGCAAGUGGUUCAGUCCUGCACUGAAAACCUUGUCAUGUCUAGCCUUCCUAGCUGGGAAAAGGACCAUAGCUAGGUAGUAAAGCCCAUUUUUGCAUGUAGAGCCUUUUGCAGCGCAGCCCAAGAGCCGCGUCCCCUCAUGUACAGUGUUCCAGGGGCCACAUGCCAGGGCUGAGUGGAUCCGGAAGCGAAAGCAGGCAGAACAAUGGAUGUGACUCUUAUCUUUGUACAGAAGGCUACAUCCCGGCCAGACAAAAGCCAGAGGUCUCUACAUCCCACUUCUUCUCCUUCCAUCCAGGAGAGAAAAAUGGGAUUAAUAUAGCUCAAGGCUAAUUUAGUAUUGGCCCUAUGUUUCUCUGAGAUGAUUUUAAAGUGUCUUAUACUUUUGCCUCUUCAGGAGCAUUCACUCGAAAAUCUGCCUUGGAGCUUUCAAAAAAACACGCACCUUGGUCGAAUAAACGAGGACGUGAUUAAGAGUAUGGUGAACACAUGCAGAAGACAACCUUACGUAUUGAUAUGCGGCUCUGUGACAUUUAGUGAAGAGAUGGAGAGAUCUUUGAAAGCCAUUGGUCUUAAAGAAGAUUCUUAUUUUAUAUUUUAACAGACUUUAAACAAACAAGGUAUCUUUGCUACAAAUAAUCUUAAUCUGCCUUUGGUCAGACUGGAUUUUUAAAAAAUGUUUAGCUGUGCCAAUCCAUCCAAAUGUGUGCCUUCUGGGUCCUAAGAGUUGGCUAAACAAUCCCAUGAAUGAGCAGAUACCACAGCUAGUGACAAAAGCCUGGUUCCACUUGCAGCCAGUUAUUCUUGACUGUUUCCAGAAAGUAAUUAUGGGGAAGCCAUUGCUCAGCACCAUGGGAACUGUCCUGUGGCAUCCCACAGAGCUCCAUCUUGUCCCCCAUGGCAUUUAAGAUCAGUUUGAAGCUGCUGAGAGCUGUCAUCAGGAGAUUUGGAGAGAGAUGUUAUCAGUAUGCAGGUGAUGCCCAGCUCUAUCUUUGUUCCAUCUGAAUCAGGAGAGCACCUCAGGACUCGCACUCACUUAGAAGCAGUGAUGGGUUGGAUAUGAACCAAUGCACUGAAGCUGAAUCCCGAUUGCCCAUCCCUAGGUGCCCAGGUGCCCUAGGCACAGUCCAGCAAGAGACUUGUCAUAUUUAAGCCCCACUGAGAGCAAUAGCAUGGAAUUUAGUCAUGACUUAAGUUUUGCUCCAGCGGGUGCAGAAUGCUGCAGCGAGACUCCUUACGAGGUCUUCACUGCGAGAUCACAUACACCCGGUGCUAUACCAGCUGCACUGGCUCCCGGUGGAGUACAGGAUCAGGUUUAAGGUGCUGGUUUUAACCUUUAAAGCCCUAUACGGCCUAGGACCCUCGUACCUACGGGACCGCCUCUCCUGGUAUGCCCCACAGAGAAACUUACGGUCUUCAAAUAAAAACAUCUUGAGGGUCCCAGGCCACAGAGAAGUUAGGCUGGCCUGAACUAGAGCCAGGGCUUUUUCGGCUGUGGCUCCGAUCUGGUGGAACACUCUGUCACAAGAGACCAGGGCCCUGCGGGACUUGACAUCUUUCCGCAGGGCCUGCAAGACAGAGCUGUUCCACCAGGCCUUUGGCCAGGGCACAGCCUGACUCCCUCCCUUGGCCCAAUGGUUGCCAGUGGCUUGAAUUAAUUAAUUUUAUAAUGAAUGAUUUUAGAGUGUUGUUUAUGCUGUACUUUUGUAUUGUUUUAUUGUUGUUAGCCGCCCUGAGCCCAGCUUCAGCUGGGGAGGGCGGGAUAUAAAUAAAAUUUAUUAUUAUUAUUAUUAUUAUUAUUAUUGCUGAACUGUGGCCAGACUCCACUGCCCACCAUUCAAGGUCAGAGGGCAGAAUCUGCAGUACAAUAAGGAACCAAAAAAAGAGAGCUUCAACUUCACUUUAUAACAAAAGGCCUAAAUUUGAUCUAUUUCAGAGCUGGGAGGAUAUUGAUCUGUAGACCGAGGAAACCGGAAACCUUAGCCUGAUCUAAUUAAUACACAUAAUGGAAAAUUGCAUUGGGUUUGUGUUGUUAGUCAUAGAAGGCUCUUUGAGGGGGAAAUACCCCAUGAUGUUCUACUUUUCUCAGCACAGAACUGAAAAAUGAAUACAUCUACAAAGCUUUGCUUCCAGCGUAGGGAGGGGUCAUAGCUUGGUGGUAGCUACAUGCUCUGCAUACACAAGUUCCCAGCACCAGUCUCUGGCAUCUUCUCUUAAAAGGAGGAACAAUGGUCUGCCUCAGUACCAUGCAGAUUUAUGUUCAUAUGUGUACAUAAUGUUUGUAUUUGUGGCUAUGUUUUAGCCUGUAAAGAAUUUACAGUCAAAUAAGCUACUGAAAGCUGUUCCAUGUUAAAAAUCAUGACCAAUCUACGCAGUGCUCAGAAAUAUAGCACACUACUCCCAUCAUUUCUUGUGGCAUUUAAAAUGCUUCCGUAAUAUGUAAAAAUGUCUUCAUAUACUGUGCAAUUCAAUUUAUCUAAAUAGCCUCAGGAGCACAAAAAACAUUUGAGUAAUCAGACAGCAGAUAAAAGAGGAUAUCAUUUCCAUAAGGUUACACUGAUGUGGAGUCACAAGAGAGAUGGGUGAACUCAAAACUGAAUUAGUAGUAUCUGAAGGUGGGAGAAUAGGGAGAGGUUCCGAUGUAUAUAGAAAAAUGUAACGCUUUAGCUAUGUCACCUUGAUUCUUUCCAAAUAGACAGUCCUGAAUCUUUGGGGAAUAAUAUGAUAAGAAUCAAGAUAAUCAAUUGCUCCUCUUUAUUUCUCUGUUCACAUGGAGAACUUGAAUCGUACAACCUGACUCUAUCCUCUGGCAAGACUGCUUGAACAGGACAGGAUGGUAUCUCACUCUGCUUGCGCUAGUGCAAAACAGUCACUUAAUGAUUGUAGCCUGUUAACUAAAUCCCUACUCAAGUGUCCCUACUAAAUUGUAUAAUUUGGCAUCUCAAUGAUUGGUAUUAUUAAUUGUAUUAUAAUUUGGCAUUGUUAUAAUGAGGUUGUUAUUGGAUUGGAUUGUUGUAAUGGAAGACUAAUAAAAAUCAUUAUCAAACAU